AUGUUAUGGGCAUGUGUCUUGGAUUUCAAGGAAAGUUGGAUAAAAUACUUGCCACUAGUUGAAUUUGCCUAUAAUAACAUCCACCAAGAGAGCAUCAAUGCAGCGCCAUAUGAGGUUUUGUAUGGGCGUAAAUGUAGAUCGCCCCCUUAUUGGGACGAGGUUGGUGAGAAAAAGAUGCUGGGCCUUGACUUAGUUCAGAAUAUGCAAGAAAAAGUGGCUAUCAUCCGGAAGAGACUUGCUUUAGCUCAAGAAAGGCAGAAGAAAUAUGCCGAACAUAGAAAAAAGGAGCUGCACUUUGAAGUAGGACACAAGUUAUUCCUACAGGUGGCUCCAAUGAGAGGAGUUAUGAGAUUCGGCAAGAAGGGUAAGUUAACCCCAAGAUACAUCGGCCCAUUCGAGAUUCUUGAAAAGAUAGGAGGAGUUGCUUAUCGGCUUGCACUACCCCUAGAGUUUUCAGUCAUGCAUGAUGUUUUCAAUGUUUCAAUGCUUUGGAAAUAUGUGCAUGACCCUACACAUGUUGGAUUAUGCACCUCUCUAGGAUCAUCUCUUUGCUUUGAGAGCCUUAUUGUUAUGUUUGAACCUGUUUCUGGGCUUAGUAUUAAUUUAUCAAAGUUUGAAAUUGUUCCAGUGGGUACGGUCAGGAAUAUUUUGGAUCUGGCCAAUAUUUUGGGAUGUAAGGUAGCUUCGCUAUCUAUGAGAUAUCUUGGACUACCUUUGGGUGGUCCUCACAAAUCUGUUUCUGUUUGGGAUGGAGUGAUUGAGAAGAGCGGGAGGAGUGGAGGAUUGCGAGUGCGGAAUUUAAAACUUUUCAACAAAGCUCUACUUGGAAAAUGGCUUUGGAGGGAUAUUAAUGAGAGGAAUGCAUCAUGGAGACAUAUUGUGGAUGUUAAAUAUGGGAGGAUGUGGGGGAGUUGGGGUUCAGCUCUUAAGUAUGUUUAUCCUAAUAGGAUUGCUAGAGAUAAAGGGGCUGCAGUGGCUGAUUCUUAUCAUUUUUCUAAUAAUAUGUUCUAUUGGACUCUGGAAUUCACCAGAGAUAUGCAGGAUUGGGAAGUACGUGAAAUAUCUGAUUUCUUUGGAAGAUUAUAUGAUAUGAAGUUUGAUCAGAACAAGGAGGAUAGUCUGCUGUGGUUGCAUGCAGUAAAUUCCUGA